AUGUUACGAUUACAUUCAAUGUCUUUUGCUCAUGUUGUUGGAAGGUUCAACUACAAUAGUGGUGGUUGUACGCCGACAACGACAGCAACUAGAAUACUCGUCGGUAGUGGAGGGAUAGGCAACUAUGGUCCGAGAUAUCUAUGCUCAACAACUAGAUCUAAUUUGGUAGUAGAUCAACCACAUCAUCAACUACAUCAUCAAAAACUGCAGCAACUCGUCAUAGAUAUGAUGAAUAAUAAUAAUAAUAAUGAUGAUAAUAGUAAUAAUAAUAACAACCCAUCAAAAACAUUGGAUAAAAGAAGUAGAAAGAGAAUAUCAUAUCGUAAAUUCAAAGAUCAUUUGAAUCAAGCAAGAUCAAAAGAACAUGACGAAGAAUACAACAACACCAACAACAAUACAAACAACAACGACAAUAACGAGGAAUAUAAAAACAAAGACGAGAUGGAAUACAAUAACAAAGAUAUUGAAAUUUCAGUAGAGGGAUACGAACCAAAAGGAAAACAUAAUGGUAUUGGUGCAUUACAAUAUCUGUUUGAAGAGGCUUGGAGAAAGCAACAUGUGCGGAAAGCGGCACUUGAUGGAGUAGAGGCUGACCCUGUGGUACCGACUCGAAAGAUAUUUGACCUACCAUACUUGGAGGCACGGAAUGGCGACUACCUCUUUUAUCAUGGGGAGACUACAGGUGGUAUAUCACAUGGCAAGGUGAUGUCGGUUGAGACAUACCAUUAUUUGGUUGAACCAACCGACCUGCUCGGCCCUUUGGUCAAGGUGAAAAAGACAACCGUUGCUAUUGUUGUGCCAUUUCACUACCUCGACGUGCAAAAGGAGCUGCGUGGAGCGAUCGAUCGUUUAGAAUCAUUCUUGGGUAUGAAUACCUAUAUUGAUCCAACGGCAUCGCAUCCAGACACGUUGGUUAACUUUGUCUCACGGAUUUCUAAACGUGUUGGGGAUAAGGUCGACCAUUACGAAUUCCGAAAAGAGUUUUCACGUAACCAUCUCAGGGAAACGUCGAUGCUCAACAUUGUACCCAUGUUGGCACAGGAGCAGAUACACCACGACUAUCACUAUAUUAGACAGGCCGCCAUAUGGCUCUUUGGCCCGUUGACCAAACAUUUGCAAGUUACACCCGACCCGUUUGUCGAGUUGCUUGCCUUUGCCUCAACAUCGCCACCAUGGUUGAAAACAAGUACCAUCGAAAGGUCAUCCUACGGUACUGUCGUCAACACCUCCUCGACACGGUGCCCGACAAAAUGGUCGACCUCAAAUCCAAGUCCGCCACCCGUCUCAUGGUCGACCUAA